CAUGUUAAAUGUCACCUUGAUAACUUUUAGAAAUUUAAUGCACCAUUGAUGCAUAACAGUGUUAUUACAAUGAAUCUUUACAAGCGGGAUGUUAGAAUGGUGUGAGAUCGUGCGAUUCCGCUCGUUCGAUUAGAAACGCUUACGUUGAUGUAAUUAUCUUACUUCCAGCAUGGUCACAUGAUCAGUGUCUUAACCUCUACUCCCCCUUUAUUUAUUUUUCCUUUUCAACUGUAGCAAAAUCAAGUUUAAUAAACAGCUCUCUGCCACUGAGUUUAAUAUCACUCAUUAUCAAUCGCCAUUACGCAGUGGGACUAAUCAUCGCAAUAUGACUAAUUAUCAAUCGCUUCUAUGCCUUGUGUCUUUUUCUUUUUUUUAAAUUUUUAGCACAGAUUGUAAAGAGUAAAUUUUCAAAGUAAUUGCACCAUUUACUGUUUUAGGUUUAAAGCAAUGACUCCAUUGAGAAGAUAGGAAAUGGAGGUUGUAACAUGACAAUUAAUACUCAGUACGGCUACAUAAAGUCUCCAAAUUAUCCAAACAAGUAUCCAAGAUAUUCUCGAUGUUACUACAUGAUAGAAAGAUUCUCCAAAGACGUGUGUGAAGUCAAGCUAACAGUGGACUGGUUCGAAGUGGAGAAAAUGACUUUCACUCAGUGUUCAGAGGAUUUUCUUGAAAUACAGAACGGAGAGAGGAGGUACAAAAUAUGUGGCGACCUUCCUCCUGGUUCGAAAAAAUUUGUUUUCUUUCCACUCAAUUCGGAUCAACUAGUGUUCCAGUUCUUCAGUACAUUUCACCAGAAGAAGGGAUUCUCGAUUGAAGUGAAGCAACUACCUUUUUCAUGCAUGAAUGACACGAAUAAGAUGAUGCUUGCGUCGACUCGAUCAUCGUCUUGCUCUCAAUCUGUUAACUCCCGAGUAGGUCGCAUUACUUUUCCAGACAGCGAUGCAUCAAUCGAAAGCUGUACUUACACUAUCCAUCGUUCAGAAGCUCAGGCAUGUCUUUUGCAACUGGAUUUCACCAGCUUCGAUGUUGCCGAGAGUGCCGGAUGUGUCAAGGAUCAUCUCCUACUACCGGAUGGACAGAAAAUGUGCGGCAUACUUGGAGGAACAAGAAAAUUUGUUCCAUUUGAGGCUGAAAAAGACGAAAUAAUUUUGACAUUCACAUCUUCGGACAGCAGCCGUUCGAACAACUUCGAUAUUCAAGUAACGCAAAUGCCUGGUCCAUGCGACGGUUCCCCGUCUCCCAACAUAACAGGUACAACCUUGGAAGGGGGACUGAGCACUCUUGCACAAAAUUCACAGGUGGAGACAAGCACUCUUGCACAAACUGUAUCGGUGGAGACAAGCACUCUUGCACAAACUUCAGAGAAUUAGUGCACUUGCAUUACUUACUAACAAUAAAUUUCUUAGUAACUGCAAUGUGAUUUUACGAUUGCAAUUUCUCUAGCGCUGUGAUUUCUAUUUGUUUGUGAUGGUUUAUAAUGGUGACUUGUGAUUUUAAACUACAUCGUCAUGCAUGCAUAUUAAAUAACAUUUCUUCAUUUCAUAUCAUUAGUGUAGACGUAUAUCAUCGGAAUUCUUACAGAAAUCCAUAUUGCUUUAUAACAGUAGUAAGUAUGUUACCCCAGCAAUCUGCCAAGAGGUAUAAAAACAGUUCAAAUGAGUAAAACAGAUUUUAAAGUCUUCAGACUUUUUCUACCACUGGUAUUUUGCCAAAGCAUAAAAUUUAUAACAUUUACUCAAUCAAUCGGAGUGAAGAAACGCACGCCAAAAUAGUAAAAAAAUAUGUAUUAGACAAUUUUUUUAAAAUUAAAAUCUAAUUUAACAAUCUGUUCAUACUUAACACCACAGGCUACCACUAUCAAGGACAGAUAUUAAGAUUAAAAAUUUGGGCUUUUAAUACUUGAAACAAACUGAAAUAAAUUAUUAGGUCUACCAGGAAAUUCUGUCCACGAAAGAACACGCCUCAUUAUACGAAGAUGCAAAAGGCGUCUUUAUCUUAUAUAAAAAAAAUGUGUUAGAGCAUUUACUCUUAAUUGUAUACAUCAGAUGCUACUGCUUUGUUCUACCGGUUACUUUCGUUACUAGUUUGAACAUGCAUGCACAUGAUCUUUUGAGCCAUAUAUGCUAUGUCUCUUUAAGCUAGAACAUUACCAUUGAGUUAAAAGUUAAAUACCUUACCACUUUCUUUUAAAGAACUUUUUGCAUUGCUGUGAAAGGAGGCGUAUACUUUCGUGGACAUUAGAUGAUCCUCUACCGGGAAGUAGUUCACCCCAAUUAAUAAACAUACCCUAAUUUAUUUAUUAUUCUAUUUUGCUCAUAAUCAGAUCACCCUCUAAUACUCACUAAGCUAUGGAUACUCCUGAGGAAAUGGAAAUGACUACUAAGAUGAUCCUCGACUCGGGAGUAUAGCACCCCAACAGUUAAAUUACUAUAUAUUCCUUUAAGUACACAACAGCCCUGGAUAGAGCACCAUCAUCUACCUUAAAUAUACUACCUUCAUAACUUAUGGAUACUUCUGAGGAGAGGAAAUGACUAUUAAGAUGAUCCUCGACUAGGGAGUAUUCUAUUCUCCAGAUUACACUAGUUCUCUAGUCGUUCCAUAAGCCGCCAAUUACCCAAUCACCUCCUAUGCCUAACGCCAAAAGUCACAGUCGCCCAAGUGCCAAAUAGAGAGAUAACGAAGUCAGAUACCCGCUGCGCGGUCAGGUACUUCGCAAAACCACAUAUCAAGUCAAAUCAUACUUUCGUGGACAGAACUUUCCGGUAGACCUAAUAAUCACUAAGAAAUCAUGUUACUUUGAACUUUCUUCCAAUAAAAGGAAAUUUUAUUAAUCACCACUUUUUUUAUAUAUUGUUUUUCGCUAAUUCCAUAUUUGAUAUUAGUAUCACGUAAAACCACUUAUUGUAUACUGUUCAAACAUCUAACAAAUGAAUGUACAUUCCAAAAAAUGGCUUUUAUGAACAAAUAAAAAGAAUACAUUAAAAAUAUUUAAUAAACUUCCCCAAACGUGUAGUAAAUUUUAUUUAAAGUUGAACAAAACUUAUUUCUUUCUUUAAAGUAUUUUUUCGAGUUCCUGUAUUCUUCUACUAACAACACAAAAUAUAAAACCUUAUAAAAACACACAAAUUUACAACUUUGAAGACAGAAAGAAUAAGACUUACUAUUUUUCCAAACAUGUAAACAAUAGACAUUCUGCGUUAAACCAGCGUGAAACAAGAUUUAACGUAGAUACUUCAUUUUGACACUUUUUAUUAAAAAUGCUUGUAAAAAAAUUAAUAAAAUAAAGCAAAUAUUUGGAUACCUACAAGUGACGUCAUCGUAGGAAAAUCAUGGCAAUUUUCGAUUCAGAAGCCAAUCAGGUUCGACACACCCCUGUGGCAUCGCUUAUAGACAUCGAAUUAAAUCUUAUUUAAACCACAUGGUUAGGCAUAAUCCGUCCACUUCUUCUCAAAUUGCAAGUAUCCAAUUGCAAAAUUUUUUUUAUGAGAAAUUUGUUCUCAGAUGGUCAGCUGCUUUGCAACCAUAGGAAAAACUACCAUAGCAAAAAUCUAUUAUCGACGAGAAAAAUCUAAAGUGUUUAUGAAAUUCUUUUAGUUGCAUAGCAAUGGAGAGGAUAUUGAUAAAAUUUUCCCAUAGGUCUUGAAUUAUGAUGAAAAAAAUCCCUUAACGCAGUGUGUUGCAAGUGACAAGUCUAAUACGAUUGACUCACUGACCUGAAUUAUUAUUUCUUGAAAAUGCUUUCUAAUAAUUCAAUGAAAUUUUUACAAUUAAUAAAAUAACUGAAAACGAUAAAACUGCAGUUCCGAAAAUGAGUUCAUAUUUAAUCGUUAAGCGUAACUUAUUUCUUAUUUGCUAAAAGUUGAAAAUUAAAAUAAUCGAAAAUCUAUCUUUUUGAACUAUUCUUGUUCCUCUUGUCAGAUUGCCAGCUACAUGACUAAAAAAUCUGGUCCAACAGUAUUGGCGUUUACUAUUAAAUCAUUAUGUCUGCAUGUUCAUUUGUAAGAAAAAAAUUUAAUUAUAAGAAUAUUUCUUUACAUAAGUUACUGACAGAAGGGGAAAUUUGGCAUUGUAGACGACAAUGCCGAAAAUCGGCUGGCGAUGUAUGAAAUGAUGAAGCAUUUCAGAAAUUGCUUAUUCAUUACAUACGAUGCCCCAUAACAAACAGGCAAAGUAAGAAAUAUGAAUAUUUAGUACUUUUAAUUGAUAUGAUUAUACUUGAAAGAAAUUUAUUAGAGCAUCAAAUAAGUUCCUAUUUUAUUUUUAUUUUUGUAGUGAAAAAAUCAGAAAUUUUUUGCAAUCUUCAUGAAUUACCGGGAUCAUUAACAUAGUUGAAAUGUGUGUGGCGUUGCUUAGUAUACGCUUAACCAGUAUUUCUUACACUGAGGUUAAGUUUAAGGGCAAUAGCUCGGUAUUCUCUACGUUUUUGUUUUUCUAACUGAAUAUUAAUGAUAACCAAGUAAGCCUGUUUUUGCCUAAAAACACCAGGAUCGCAUUUCCCAUUUUGCCAGUAACUUAUAUGUGAAGAGUAAUAAUAAUUUAAAUACAUAUCUAUAAAUUAUUUAAGUUUAUUUAUAUGCAUAAAUGAAAUAAUUCCUAUUUCUGUAGAAAAAUUUCAUGUUGCAAAUUUAUUUGUUGCAUUUGUAUCAAAUUCACUUGUAAAAAGAUCUGUUUGCAUACUUUAUUUUUUAUCAUCGCAAAAUUAAUAAAUUAAAAAAAUAAAAUAUCACAAUAAUGAA